AUGGGAACCACGCCGCUUCCCAGCCUCAGUUCCAGAAGUCCAGCGCGGACCUUUCAACGAGAGUUUUAUUAACUCUCACCUUCGGUUCCUGGAAGGAGAUGGAUGUGGCGGCUAAUUGUUCCCUGAGGGUGAAGAGACCUCUGUUGGACCCCCGCUUCGAGGGUUACAAGCUCUCUCUCGAGCCGCUGCCCUGUUACCAGCUGGAGCUUGACGCAGCUGUUGCAGAAGUAAAACUUCGAGAUGAUCAAUAUACGCUGGAACACAUGCAUGCUUUUGGGAUGUAUAAUUACCUACACUGUGACUCAUGGUACCAAGACAGUGUCUACUACAUUGAUAAUCUUGGAAGAAUUAUGAAUUUAACAGUGAUGCUGGACACUGCUUUAGGAAAACCCCGGGAGGUGUUUCGACUUCCUACAGAUUUGACAGCUUAUGACAAUCGACUUUGUUCAUCCAUCCAUUUCACCUCAUCCUCUUGGGUUACCUUGUCAGAUGGGACUGGAAGAUUGUAUGUCAUUGGAACAGGUGAACGUGGAAAUAAUGCUUCUGAAAAAUGGGAGAUUAUGUUUAAUGAAGAACUUGGGAAUCCUUUUAUCAUAAUUCACAGUAUCUCAUUGCUAAAAUCUGAAGAACAUUCGAUAGCUACCCUACUUCUUCGAAUAGAGAAAGAGGAAUCGGAUUUGAAAGGAAGUGGUUUCUAUGUUUCUUUGGAGUGGAUCACUAUCAGUAAGAAAAAUACAGAAAAUGAAAGAUAUGAAAUUACUAAGCGUGAUCUUCUCCAAGGAAAGUCAGUACCACAUUAUGCUGCUAUUGAGCCCAAUGGAAGUGGUCUGAUGAUCGUCUCCUACAAGUCUUUCAAAUUUGUUCAGGCUGAGCAAGAUCUUGAAAAUAUCAAUGAAGACAUGUCAAGGGAAAGCAAAGGAGAACCUCUGUAUUACUGGCAACAGUCUGAAGAUGAUUUGACAGUAACAGUACGACUUCCAGAAGACAGUUCUAAGGAGGACAUUCAAAUACAGUUUUUGCCUGAUAACAUCAAAAUUAUGCUGAAGGGUCUCAGGAUUUUGGAAGGAAAGCUGUAUUCAUCCAUCGAUCAUGAAAGCAGUACAUGGAUAAUUAAAGACAAUAAUAGCUUGGAGAUCUCCUUGAUUAAGAAGAAUGAAGGACUGAUGUGGCCAGAGCUUGUUGUGGACGAUAAACGAGGGGAACUUAUAAGAGACUCAGCCCAGUGUGCUGCAAUAGCCGAACGCUUGAUGCAUUUGACUUCUGAAGAACUGAAUCCAAAUCCAGAUAAAGAAAAACCUCCUUGCAAUGCCCAGGAAUUAGAAGAAUGUGAUAUUGUCUUUGAAGAGAGCUCCAGCUUAUGCAGAUUUGAUGGUAGUACAUUAAAAACUACUCAUGUGGUGAAUCUUGGAAGCAACCAGUACCUUUUCUCUGUCAUAGUGGAUCCUAAAGAAAUGCCCUGCUUCUGUUUGCGCCACGAUGUUGAUGCCCUGCUCUGGCAACCACACUCUGGCAAACAAGAUGACAUGUGGGAGCACAUUGCAACAUUCAAUGCACUAGGUUAUGUCCAAGCAUCAAAGAGAGACAAAAAAUUUUUUGCCUGUGCUCCAAAUUACUCCUAUGCAGCCCUUUGUGAGUGCCUGCGCCGAGUAUUCAUCUACCGUCAGCCUACUCCCAUGCCUACUGUGCUUUACAACAGAAAGGAAGGAAGGCACGUCGGACAGGUUGCUAAGCAGCAAGUAGCAAGCCUAGAAACCAAUGAUCCUAUUUUAGGCUUUCAGGCAACAAAUGAGAGAUUAUUUGUUCUCACUACCAAAAAUCUCUUUUUAAUAAAAGUAAAUACAGAGAAUUAACUUCUGCAACAUGUUGGCUGUCUGUACUGGAAAAGUAUUCAGUGGUACCUGGAGGACUAAGUGGUUAUACCAUACCCUGAUAUAUAUUAAUGUCUUAAGUAAAAAUACCUUGUAUGAAUUUUUAUCAUUUCAGGGAUAUUAGAAAUGUAUCCAAGACAUUAUGAUUCUGUAAAAGCUAUUAAGUGAAGCUACAGAUUUAGAGAACAUUGAUUUCUGUAAAAAACAUAAAGAUUGUAUUGGCAAGUAUAAUUAUUUUUUAAAAACCAACUAGACUCUCCUCUUUUAUAUGAAACAUGUACAGUUCAGUGUUUAAAAAUAAAAAUAUUUAUCGUGUGCUCUGUUCAUGGAUUAUGUUGGUAUAGUCUAUACCCAGAGAAUAUAUAGGGUAACACAUAUAAUGUUUAGCUUUGUAAAUAAGUACUUAAAUAGAUUGAAUAGCUUACUCUACAU